AAAAAGAAAUUGUAGUUUGAAUGGAUAUCCGGCAGUUCACUACGAGUAUACACCUGAUUGCAGAAAAACUCGUCAUGCUGUCGUAUCCGUAUUUACAUGCAUGAUUGUAUCAUUUCAAUGAGCAACAUUACAUGCUACUCUUGCUACUUGUCUGGAAUGAUCUAGAUAGAAAGCCAGGACAUCCAUAACGUUUACAGUUAUUGGAGGUUGUUUCGUGUGGUUAGGUAGUUGAGUCCUACAAAUAUAGUGUCUGGAAAGAUUUGAAUAUGUCUGGUAAAGUAGUAUUUAACGAGGCAGCCCUACGUGGAAAUGCGGCCACCGUGGAAUUCUGCCGUACAGCAGCAGCAUCAAUCAGCGGAGGCGCGGCUGGUAUUCUAGGACUGACUGGCCUUUAUGGAUUCAUCUUCUACAUCAUAGCAGCUCUUGCAACCUCUUGCCUGCUGGUGGUCAGAACGGGGACCAAUGUGGACAAGUACUUUCUGCGCAAGCAGAACAUCUGGUUUGAUGGCAUUUUGGGCGCAGUGUCGACAUAUGUGCUUUUCUGGACGUUUCUUUAUGGCAUGGUCCAUGUUCAUUGAUAAGUGCUGUGAACACGCUUGCUGGGCAGAGUUCUGAUUGUCGAAGCAGUGAACGUAGUUCUUGUAUCGAUAUGUCUUCCUUGGCAGUGUUGCUCAGUCAUCUCUUAGGCAUGGUCAAUGGCAUUGACAACCGCUGCGGACAAGAAUGUGCGAGUUUUCUUAUCUGCCCCAGUUGACUUGUUGGGGAAUUUUUCCGUAGAUUUGCGGUGUUUCAUAGUAAUAAUUAUAGUAAUAUCUGAUCAAAGAUGCGUUCACGUGUCAUGAGUAUUGUUUUCCAAGUACAUACGUGUAACUUAUCUAUUUUUUGUGACUCAUAUCCAAGUACAUAAUUUCCUGAGGCACCCGUUUUGUUUUGUUUUUUGCACCGCUGGUUAUUUCAUGUUGACCUCUGUAUAGCUACUCUUCUCUGCGACUCUUUGUGUGGCUUCUCCCAACCCUUGUGCAGUCGUUGGCCUACUCUUGUUAUGCUGCUGCUAAUUCGUUUGAUUUGCUGUGCUGUACAUACUGUAUGCUUGAAAGUGCAUGUGCUGUAGAUUUGUUGUACGUACCGGUAUGCUCGUGUUUUCCAUGUGUUUGCUACUUCUCAAAGCGCAUGUACAUUGCAUGUGACAGCUGUAAACAAAAUUUCUUCGAAGAGUGAACAUACUAUACAAGAUGUAUGCACGUAA